AAACGUCAUUUCAAGAGUUCUCUCCUUGACGCAGGCAUGAUGCCGUUGCUACAGCAAAUGCGCUCCCCCCCGCUCUCCUUCAUCCAGACUGUUUUGUCUCUGUGCCUGGCUGCCAUGGCGCUCACGUCGUCCUACUGGUGUGUGGGGAAACAGAAGCUCCCCAAGCCUCUGUGUUCACCCGUCAAACGGAGUAAGUGCAUCCCAGUUCCCGGGCUGUCCAACUCAUCCCAGAUCCAGUUCUCCUGGGAGACGGGAGACGAUCGCUUCGUCUUCCCCGUGUUUCACACGGGCCUCUUUGUCACUUGUGAGGAGAACAUCUACACAGAUGCGUGGGAGGAGAAGUGCCGAGGGUUCCACACUUUGACUCCGGGAUCUGAAAAAGCAAUGAUGUGGUUGUCGCUGUCCUUGGAGCUCAUGUACGUGGGUCUGCUGUUCAUCAGCUGCAUACUGCUGUCUGUGCAGUUGUGCAUCAGGGCCUGGUUCCCCGCCACGCAGCGUUGGGGCCAGCUGCUCAACGCGUUCGCUGCGGUCUUCACAGUCCUGGGAGGUCUGCUCGGGAUGGUGGGCCACAUGAUGUUCAUGCAGGUGUUUCAGACUACAGUGUCCAUGGGCCCAGAGGACUUCAAGCCCCACAGUUAUGGCUAUUCUUGGGCAUUUUAUGUGGCCUGGUUCGCCUUCACCAUCUGCAUGUCAGCCGGCGUCUCCACCCUGAACAACUACACAAAGAAGGUCCUGAUGGUGGGAGCCCGACUUAACUCCAGCCUCAACCCCUUCAACUUUGUGGGGCUUCUGCCCCCAGCUCCUUACUUCACCGCACCAAACGCCGGCCUGGUCCAAUCUUAUUCCCAGUCCUACGCGCAAAUCUCCCAUUUGUCCCCUUACUACGAGCAGCCAUCAACCAAGUUAUCACCGCCCGGUAAGCCUUUCCACCCCAUCCCUCUACCCCACUCAGUGUCCUUCCCCCCUCCUUCCUCCCAACCUCAUUCUGUAUCGUCUAUGCACCGUUUGUCCCUCCCGCCGUCUCCUUCUCACUCAAGCAGCUCGCCCGUUGUCGUCCACGGACUCCUGUCCAAGGAGAACGCCGUCUCUCAUUACACGCCACAGGAGUAUUACAGCCCUCUUUGAAUUCUUAUGGCGCUAUAGUACAGUAUAUAUAUUCUCCCCUCGGUGCUGCUCAUUUCAUCAGGUGUGAACACAGCAACAGACCUCAGGUGCAGACCAAAUAAAUUAGUUUAGUCAAUUAGUGAGAAAGCGAUCCGAUCCUGUAUCUUGUUCGACUAUCCAUACAUCCAUUUUUUUUUACCGCUUAUCCUGUUAAGGAACCACACAUUCACAAUAAUAUUCACAACAACUGAAGUUAUGGUGCUUGUACUCAAGUCAGGUGUGUGCGUACCAUCAUCAGAGGACCGUUAUGACUGUGAAAUCAUAGAAAUGUUUAAUUGCUUGAAACUGAUGGAUAAUUGGUUUUGAAAUUUGUCAUCAAGCAAAAUAAUGUGUUUAACUGUUGUU